AUGGGCGCACAAGGCCAGAUUCUGGGGGUGUAUAGUGGAGGCCAAGCCAUUAAUGGAGCCCAUCCUUGGUUCAGGGUACUUCGGGCGGCAGGCAGCCGACCGGUUCGGGACAAGGAUCUACAAUAUGGUAACCACCAGUGUGGUACUUUGUCGCAGCUGCGCAGGGGACGAGUUUCCGAUGGAAGGUGA